AUGGCCACCAACAUAACCUACCACCCACCACACCUUACCCGCGCAGAGCGCACCGCCCUCCGCAAACAAAAAGGCCUCACAAUCUGGCUAACAGGCCUCUCCGCGUCUGGCAAAUCAACCAUAGCCGUCGAGCUCGAGUACCAACUCCUUACCCAAUACGGCCUCGCCGCCUACAGACUAGACGGCGAUAAUAUCCGCUUCGGCCUGAACAAGGACCUAGGUUUCAGCGAAACAGACCGCAACGAGAACAUCCGUCGGAUCGCAGAGGUCGCCAAAUUGUUCGCGGACAGCAAUACCAUCGCCAUCACCUCCUUCAUCUCGCCGUAUCGCAAGGACCGCGAGACGGCACGUCAGCUGCAUGCGGCUCCGGUACAUGGACAGCCCCAGGACUCUGGAUUACCAUUUAUUGAAGUCUAUGUGGAUGUCCCUGUAGAGGUAGCGGAGCAGAGAGAUCCAAAGGGGUUGUAUAAGAAGGCGAGGGAAGGGGCUGUGAAGGAGUUUACCGGGAUUAGUGCCCCGUAUGAGGCACCGAAGAAGCCGGAGAUUCAUAUUCGGAGUCAUGAAGUGGGGGUUAAGGAGUCCGUUGCGCUGAUUAUUGGGUAUUUGAAGAAGAAGGGGUAUUUGCCGGAGGGGGAGAAGAGUUGA